GUGCGCCGAGGCCGCCAGAGCGCGCGGGGCAGAGGUGCGGCCAGCAGGCUGCCCCGGUGCUCGCCGCUGCAGCCUUGCUCGACCGGGGGGCCCGUGAUGGCGGCGCCGCCGACCGGCCAGGCGCAGCAGGCGACCUGGGGCACCGGACGGAGGGGGGCAGCUUUUCUGACAAGUGCGUGGACGAAGUGGGGGACGCGGGGUGUUGAGGGAAGCCCGCGAGGGUCUGCGAGGUUGCCGUGGCUGCUCCCCGUGGUCCUGCAGGACGCUCCGCCGACCCUCAGCACGCCCGCCGCGUGGCCAGUGCCUGUGGCGUCAGCAGCCGGUUGUGCUGCGGUCCUGAGGCUGGAGACACCUGCAGAUCCCAGAGCCCGCUGAGCGCGGAGUCACUCCUAUCCAAGUCUCGCAGCUGUUGUUGCUGAAGCGGGACUGUUACUAUAUCGGUCCAGAAUCCCAGCCUCAGAGAAGUGAUGUCCUCUCGGUAAUGCAGCUGGCCAGUGUCGGUGUCAGCAGUCUGGAUGCAAGCCACAGGAGACUGACUUAACCUGGGGACUUGUAGUCCCGUUACCCAGGAUGCGAAGCCCUCAGCAUGGGGCAGUAGGCUAGCAGGACCGGUGAGGCUCAGGUAUCUGUGACCUUCGAUGAUGUGGCCGUGACUUUUACCCAGGAGGAGUGGGGGCAGCUAGACCCGGCCCAGAGGACCCUGUACCAGGAGGUGAUGCUGGAAAACUGUGGACUUCUGGUGUCUCUGGGGUGUCCUGUUCCUAGACCUGAGCUGAUCUACCAGCUGGAGCACGGGCAGGAGCUGUGGAUGCUGAAGGGACACCUGUCUCAGAGCGCCUAUGCAGAUGACAAGGGAAAACCCACGACUACAGAACUUUCCAGUUGUGCACCAGCCCUGUCUGGGGGGGCCUUGUUCCAGGAGCUAAGACAGGGAGACCCAGGGAACUUCCAGCUGGGCCAAACCAAGGAUCAGAGUGGGUCAUCAGAAAUGCAGGAAGGACACUUGAGACUGGGCUUAGAACCCAGGAGAGGGAAGCUCCCUGAGAAAACAAGCCCUGAGCUUGGUGGUUUAGGGGCAGCUGAUGGCGUGUGUUCACAGACGGCACAGGAGCUGACCCAUCCAGGAGGUGCUGUCCAUGACCAUGACUCGUGUGGAUCAGGUAAAGAUCCUGUGAUUCAGGAAGAGGAAAAUACCUUUAAGUGCAAUGAAUGUGGGAAAACUUUUAAUAAAAAGCACCUUCUUGCUGGACAUGAGAAGAUUCACUCUGGAGUGAAACCCUAUGAAUGCACCGAGUGUGGGAAAACAUUUAUUAAGAGCACACACCUCCUCCAGCACCACAUGAUCCACACGGGGGAGCGGCCCUACGAGUGCAUGGAGUGCGGGAAGGCCUUCAACCGCAAGUCCUACCUUACCCAGCACCAGCGGAUCCACAGUGGAGAGAAGCCUUAUAAGUGCAACGAAUGUGGGAAGGCCUUCACCCACCGCUCCAAUUUCGUCUUGCAUAAGAGGAGACACACUGGCGAGAAAACCUUUGUGUGCAAAGAAUGUGGGCAAGUCUUUCGACAUAGGCCAGGAUUCCUUCGACAUCACAUCAUCCACAGUGGCGAGAAUCCCUACGAAUGCUUCGAGUGUGGCAAGGUCUUCAAACACAAGUCCUACCUCGUGUGGCACCAGCAGACUCACACUGGGGAGAAGCCCUAUGAGUGCAGUGAGUGUGGGAAAGCCUUCUGUGAGAGUGCGGCCCUCAUUCACCACUACGUCAUCCACACUGGGGAGAAGCCCUUUGAGUGCCUGGAGUGCGGGAAGGCCUUCAACCACAGGUCAUACCUCAAGAGGCACCAGAGGAUCCACACUGGGGAGAAGCCGUUCGUGUGCACUGAGUGUGGAAGGGCCUUCACCCACUGCUCUACUUUCAUCUUGCACAAAAGGGCCCACACCGGAGAAAAACCCUUUGAGUGCAAAGAAUGUGGGAAAGCCUUUAGCACUAGGAAAGACCUCAUUCGACACUUCAGCAUCCACACUGGGGAGAAGCCCUUCGAGUGUUCAGAGUGCGGGAAGGCCUUCAACCGCCGGUCAGGGCUCACGAGGCACCAGCGGAUUCACAGCGGGGAGAAGCCCUAUGAAUGCAUGGAGUGUGGGAAAUCCUUCUGCUGGAGCACCAACCUCAUUCGACACGCCAUCAUCCACACUGGAGAGAAGCCCUAUAAGUGCAGUGAGUGUGGAAAAGCCUUCAGUCGCAGCUCAUCCCUCACUCAGCAUCAGAGGAUUCAUACUGGGAGAAACCCUGUCCGUGUAACCGAAGUGGGAAGACCCUUCACGAGCGGGCAGUCCUCAGUCACCCUCCGAGAACUCCUUUUGGGGAAAGACUUCUUGAAUGUAACCACUGAGGAAAACCUUUUGCCAGAUGAAACAUCUACCGCGGCAUUAGAUCGGACCUACCAGAGAGAAACCCGCCAAGUAUCUUCGCUGUGACGGUCCAAGACCGUCGGUAGUCCGGUAGAGACACAUUUUAGAGAUUGACCGAGCCCAGAGCCUUAUUCUGCGUCUGAGAAUUCAUCCGUGAGGGAGAGAGCAGGGUUUCUUGUGCCCGAGGUAAAACCCUCAGCUGCGUGUUUCUCCUUUGCUUCACUGCAGUGUUAUCUCAGGAGUUUUUAUAAAAAGAAGGUGGAGAUGUAGAGGAGCGAAUGAAAUGAAAAACUUUGGGGACUUCUCUGCCCAGCUUACAGCACUUUGUCAUGGAUUCACAUGUUUACGUGGGGCCAGGGCAGCGUUAUAGAUGCAGUGGGCCUUGCCCCCGUGCGCGUCACGUACACGUUCAUCGCUGCCCAGUGUCGGCAGGGUUAGCCCAUUAAAGACAAGCAGUAAAGUGAUAAAUGCACAUGUGAGAACACAUUUUAUUCCACCAUUUAAGACUCUCAAGCUUACAUUUUUAGAAAACUGUUCUUUAUUCGGUUUUAAACACCAGACUUUUUUCAGACUUG